AUGGUCUUGGCAUGUCAGGACCAGAGCCCACAGCCCAGCUCCUCAGGGUACCCCCUGCAGGCAGUAAUGGGUGAAGAAAGCCCAGGACCAUCAGCCCCCCGGGUAGACCCCCAUCCCCCGCCUCCCCCCUGUGGCUGGAAGAGGAGAAGGGAGGAGUCAGAGGAGGAGACAGCCCCAGGGGCUGAGGACGUCUGGGUCGUGGAGACGCUGUGUGGACUCAAGAUGAAGUUGAAGAGACAGCGGUUGUCUUCAGUGCUGCCUGAGCACCAUGAGGUUUUCAACAGGCUGCUGGAAGAUCCUGUCGUUAAAAGAUUCCUGGCCUGGGACAAAAACCUGAGGGUAUCUGACAAGUAUCUCCUGUCUAUGGUCGUAGCUUACUUUAGCCGUGCUGGCCUCUUCUCCUGGCAACUCCAACGAAUCCACUUCUUCCUAGCACUCUACCUGGCCAAUGAUAUGGAAGAAGAUAACCAGGCCCCCAAACAGGCCAUCUUUUCAUUCCUGUACGGGAAGAACCGCUCCCAGCGUCCCUUGUUUCACAAACUGCGGUUUCAAUUCAUCCGAUCCAUGGGCUGGAAGACCAGGGUGUCCCGGGAAGAGUGUGAGGAGGUGGGUGGGCUGUGGGGACUUGGGGGGGGGUGCCCAGUGGGAGAGAGAGGGGAAUAUGGAGGGACACGGGAUUCGGGAUGAGAAAGAAUGAAAGCCUGGACGGUG